UCAGGAACACUUCUCGAGCACCGUGGACCGUGAACCUGGUGGACUUGAGUUGCUCAGUUGGUUACUAGCUACUCUGUACUGGGUCCUGGAAAAUAGGAAAAUGGAUCGGAGGCUCGGCAGGGCAGUGGGCUCCGGCACCGCAGCGGCGGGGGUCUUCGUACCGCCGGAGCCAGAAACUGCCCCGGUAUCCGCCAUGCCCGUGGCCUUGUUGUCUGUUAACUUUCUUAGCAUCGCUAUGUUGUUCCGACGACAGAAUUCAUGAAGUCCACAAAACAACGGGACUGUCCAGGCAGGCUCCUGGAGGAUUUACAGUUUGGAAC